UGCCUGCGCGCGGCGGGCGCUGAAAUUCAAAUCCCGGCAGCGGUUGGGGCGGAGGUUCGCCGCUCGGGGCGGCCCUGGCGAGCGGAUCUUGCGGGCACCGACACCGGCACAGCCAUGGACCCCUUCACCGAGAAACUCCUUGAAAGAACCCGUGCCAGGCGAGAGAACCUGCAGAGGAAAAUGGCAGAGCGGCCGAAGAUGGGGGCGAGACCCACGAUGCAGACCAAGAGGACCAGGGAGCCUUUGGCAGAAACUGGUAACCAGGCACCUCUUCCUGGUGAUGAAGCAAAACCAGAUACAAAGCCAUCGCCAUCAAAAAGGCUCUGCCCUAAUGAUAUAGAGGCUCAAGCUUCUAGUUCAGAGAAUGUACAGCCGGUUCCUUCAAGUUCCACAAGCCAUGACUCUGCUCAGAUGACUUCAGAAUCACACGAAACUGCUUCUAACAGAGCUUCAUUGGUUCAGCCUCUUGAGAAAGUAAAACAAAACACCAAGUCAGAAACUCCUGCGGCCCUUUCAGUCAAAACACGUAUGCAGAAGUUGGCAGAACAGCGGCGCUGCUGGGAUAGUGAGGAUCCUUCUGAAUGUGUUCCUCUGUCUCCUCUACAGUCAAAAGAUCUGUCUGUUUCUCCACCUAAGCAGACAUCCAAUGCCCUGGCAAGCGAAACCCCUAUUGGGAGAAGAGGCCGUUUAGCUAACCUUGCUGCUACAAUUGGUUCCUGGGAAGAUGACCUAAGUCAUCCAUCUGCAAAGCAAAACAAUGCACAAGAACAGCCUGGCACUACUUGUUUAUCCAAAUUGUCCACUACAAGUGGAGCAUCUGCUAGAAUCAAUAGUAGCAGUGUAAAGCAGGAAGCUGCAUCCUGUUCUCAAAGGCUUGUUGAGGCUUCUAUUAAUAAACCAGCAAAUUCAAAGACAGCGGACCCAAACAAAUUUUUAACGCAAUCUUCAGGAGUCACUGCUCCCUGUUCUAAAGAAUCUGAAGUACAACAACGGCCAGCAGAGAAUCCCUGCAGUCCUCGGAAAACUGAAGAGUCCACACAAACAGCAAAGUCAGCUUUGCCUCAACCAGUUCAGUCCAAAGCAGAGCCAGUCAAAGGAACACAUGUGCAACUUGAACCUAAGGGUAAACCCACAACACCAGGGGGAUCUGGAAUUAAGCCCUUCCUGGAACGCUUUGGGGAGCGCUGUCAAGAGCGUAGUGCACGCAGCCCUGCUGCGAAUACUCCAGGGUGCAGAACACCCACUGUUACCCCAAAUACAAGGACAAUCCAGGAGAGGCUUCUCAAACAAAAUGAAAAUUCCUCUACUGCCAGUUUAGCACUUCAGCUUAAACAGGAACGUGAACGAGAACUUGCAUGCCUUCGUGGCCGAUUUGAUAGGAGCAAUCUGUGGAGUGCAGAGAAAAGUGACAGUUCAAAGAGGAAGAUUCCAGAAGCUAAAAUGGAAAGCCAAUCUCAAGCCAGUCCAAAACAUCCUCCUAGUUCAGAUGCCUCUGCUCUUGGAUCAUCGGAAGACACAUCAGCAGGUGACAGGCCAGCAAAGUCUCCCAGCGUGGAGUCUUCAGAUACUACUAAAUGUGAAGAGACUGAUAAACCCAGUCCUCUGAAGACUGCAGAGUCAAAGAGCCCUGUAAAAGUGAUGUCUGUCUCAAAACUUGAACAGCUUGAUGAAAAACUAAAAGAUGAAGUAUACGAAGGCAAAACGCAUGUGGAUGAUGAGAUGAAUGGCUCAAAAGUGAUAAAUGAGAUUUUUGAAAUUCUUCAAGAGGAUGGUCCAGACAUAGAAAAGCUGAAGAAAGAAAUGAGUAUGAGCCUGGAAGGUGAAAGUGAUGAGGAUGAGCAGGAAGAGUCACUGAACAUUUCAUCAAUGUCUCUGUUAACCCCUCUAGUGGAAUCUGUUGGUUCAGAGGCCUUUGGUUCUCCUUCUAAGUCAACCGGGGAAGGUAGCAGUAUCAGUGAUGUCAGUCUGAAGUCUGAGAAGUUCCAAAGGACCAGAGUUCCCAGGGCAGAAUCUGGAGACAGUAUUGGCUCUGUGUCGGAAGAUCGCAAUCUUCCUUACAGUGUCGAUGCGUACAGAUCCCAAAGAUUUAAGGAAACUGAUCGUCCUUCAAUAAAGCAAAUAAUUGUUCGCAAAGAAGAUGUGGCUUCCAGACUAGAAAUGAGAAGAAAUGGCCCAUCUGAUCAAGUCAAUAUCAAAAAGAAGAUGCAGGAACUGAACAAUGAGAUCAACAUGCAACAGACAGUGAUUUAUCAAGCCAGUCAAGCUCUGAACUGCUGUUUUGAUGAGGAGCAUGGGAAAGGGUCACAAGAAGAAGCAGAAGCAGAGAGACUUCUUCUCUUUGCAACUGAGAAGAGAACUGCUUUACUGGAAGAAUUGAAUAAACUGAAGAGUGAGGGACCAAAUAAUAAAAGAAAUAAAGCUGCUUCUACAUCCGCUGAAUUUGCUCCCUCCAGGGGAUCUGUUUUCAUUUCAGAAAUGCGUCUACCUCUAAAAGCAGACUUUGUAUGUGGUACAGCUCAAAAGCCAGAAGCAGGAAAUUACUACUAUGUAAUAAUACUGAGAUCUGGAGCAGAAAACAUGGUUGCAACUCCACUAGCAAGUACUGCCAGUUCCCUAAAUGGAGAUGCUCUUACUUUUACUACGACGUUUACUAUGCACGAUGUGUCAAAUGACUUUGAAAUAAAUAUAGAAGUUUAUAGUUGGGUGCAGAGAAAAGAAGGUACAAGCACUGAUAAAAGGAAAAAGACAAAUAAAUCUAAGGUUAUUACUCCAAAGAGAUUAUUAACAUCUAUUACCUCGAAAAGCAACCUUCUUACUCCAGCCAUGGCCAGUCCAGGUGGCCCAAAUGCCAUACGCAGUACGAAUUUCAUCCUUGUUGGGUCCCACAAGUUAUCGCUGUCUUCUGUGGGAAAUACCAAAUUUGCACUGGACAAGAUAAAUUUUGAAGGGGAGGAAAAAGAACUGUUGGGCUAUUUGUUCCAGGACAAGGUUCCCUUUUUGUCUCCUUUGGAAGGUCACAUAUAUCUGAAGUUGAAAUGCCAAGUGGACUCUUUGGUGGAGGAGAAAGGGUUCUUGACUAUGUUUGAAGAUGUCAGUGGAUUUGGAGCGUGGCAUAGGCGCUGGUGUGUGCUGUCUGGAAAUUGUAUCUCCUAUUGGACAUACCCAGAUGAUGAGAAACGAAAGCAUCCUUUGGGCCGGAUAAACUUGGCUAACUGCACUAAUCAUCAGAUUGAACCUGCCAACAGGGAGUUCUGUGCCCGUCCCAACACUUUUGAACUAAUAACUGUCCGACCUCAGAGAGAAGAUGACCGAGAGACUCUUGUCAGCCAAUGCAGAGACACACUCUGUGUUACAAAGAACUGGCUGUCUGCUGAUACUAAAGAAGAGCGUAACCUUUGGAUGCAAAAGCUCAACCAAGUCCUCGUUGACCUUCGCAUGUGGCAGCCUGAUGCCUGCUACAAACCUGCUGGAAAGCUUUAAACCUGGGAAAGGAACUACACAAGAAAAGAAUUUAAAUGAAAUUGUGGAAAGUC